AUGGACCAGAACGCUGCCCUUCCUCGUUCCGACGCCCCUCCCUCCGGGCCAAAUCUCCCCAAUGAGCUAUUGACCCGCAUCAUCGACUUCAGCGAGCCUGCCGCCGCUCAUCCUUUGUCCUUAUCAAGCAAAUCUCUCAGCUCGUAUGCCACAGACCAACUAUGGCGAAACAUCGACAUCACGUCGGAAGGAUUUGAUCCGAGCAAGAUGGACCUGCGGAUGGAGGACGCGCCGGCCGACGUCAAUCCGUUGAUGUGGGUUAUCACGCGCGAGACGGAUAGGCGGCGGAAGGAGGCGCUGGAGAGGGUGGAAGAGGUCCUGAAGCGUGGAGAGGGCAAUUGGCAGAAAGUAGAGACGUUCAAGGCGGCUAUCAGGAAGGGGACGACCGAGAAGAUUGCCGAGAUUCUGGAGAGGAUCUCGUUGACUGUGCGCGAAGUGGAGGUGAAGCAGGGCGGUCUCGAGGAGCUCGGGCAGCAGCAGGGGAUGGCGACCAUCGAUAUCCCCCUCAUGGUCCGUCGGAACACCUUGGUGCAAGAUGGGUCGGCCCUCUCUUUCCCCCUCCUCACCCACGCGACGUUCCGUCACGAUACCAUCAAAGUCCCCGAAUUCGUACCCCUCCUCCUGCGACUCGCACCCAACCUCACGUUUUUGAGCGCCACCAUCGACAAUUUGAACACUACGGAACGCUUGCGGAACCUUCGCUCGGUCAAGGAGGACACGAAACUCACUCACCUCGAGAUCGAGUACACCCAUGCCGGUAAAUGGUUCAAAACGGGCACGACUCCUCCUGUCGAGUACCCAUACCUCAAUCUCGUCCUCAGCCUGCUUGAGCGCUCGCCGGCGCUCGGGAAGCUAGCGGUCAGCUAUGAGACCGAUAUCCACCGCGCCGAUGGCCCGGUAGAUGAUACGCUGGCAAAGGCGGUCAGUAAGCUCAAGAUCUCGGACCUGUCCUGGACGACUGGGUCUAUCGACUGCAUCGCGGUCCAGGCGGCUUGGAUAGGGAUGGGAGAGGCGGAGAUGAAGUCGGUGAAGCGGAUGGUAGUCAAGCACAAGCACUGGGCUAUGCCCAUGGCUGAUCCCGGCCAUAACCCCUCUUUCCCCGCUCUGGAGUCGGUCCUGCUUCGUAACGAAACCGGAUGGGGUCGGAACACUACCAACUACCUCAAUUUCCCGGUUCACUGCCCCUCGCACCCGAGCGUGGAUGUCUUUGCCGCGUUCGACAAGGCGGAAAAGCGGGGUCCGAACGGCACCGUAUCUUCCCUCCGGCAUGACGACGCCGAGCUGCUCGUUCUCAAGCUCCAGCUGCAAGACGUCGAGGUGCUAAAGGAGAAUUAUAGGACUGGGAGGUACAGGGAGGAUCGGCGCGUACUGUUCAACCCGGACAAGCCGUACCCCGUCGUCUGGUCGGACCCGGUCUGGCAGGCCUUCGCGUCCUUCGAGGGGGUCGCGGUACCGGCGGAUAUUAUGGCCAAGGUCAAGGCGGUGGAUCCGGCUUUGGACUAUGAGAAGCGCGGGGUGGAAGUCAGCAAGGAGGCGUGGCAGAUUUUGGUGGAUUGGCGAGCGGCGCAGCCGGAGCCUGAAGUGGUAGCAGCGGGCAAGAAGAAGCAGAAGGGGAAGGGCAACUCUGGCGGUAGCUCCGGCAACAUCUAUGGCCAAAUCGAGGACGAGAACUCAGACGAAGAGGUCGAAGAGGAGCAGAACGAUGUGGCCGAAGAUGAGGAGAUGGGAUCCGAAGUGUAUGAUGAGGAAGACGAAGGCUCAGAGGACGUGGGAAACGGACGAGGAGGGAUCUGGUGA